CUCUCUCUCUCUCUCUCUCUUCAUCUUCCCUUUAUUCAAUAUUUUUUUCAUAUUCUCGUAAGUGACUUCAACUGAGGAUACGUCAUGAAACAUUUUCACUUUUGAAGCUUGUCCUACCGGCCUCUGUCGUGUGGUGUUGUUUCCUCCCAGACAUGGUCGGCCUAAAAGGUCGUCCCCAUAGUCUUCCAGUCCAGUUUCUGACCAAUCGGAGAGCGUCUUUGAGCUGUGUGCGGAGCAGCAGACCAGCCAACAUGACCCAGAAGCUUGUGGCAUGUGUGUCCGCUUUCAGCGACGGGAACCGCGGCAUCGGAUACAAGGGCGAUCUUCCCUGGCCCAAGUUGCAGGGAGAUGAAGAAUACUACAGGGGGAUUUGCAAGAGGACAGUGGACCCGAGUCAAAGGACACGCGGGGUUGUGUAGCGGUGGUCUCCACUCUGAGUGAGGCUAUAGACAGGUUCAUGAGCGGACCGGGCAGCGAGGAGAUUGAGAACAUCUACGUUUUGGGAGGAACCUUGCCCUACCAGUGACUCUGGCGUGGACGACUGUGUAAGAGAAGACAAUGGGGUCAAAUACCGAUUCGAAGUCUGGGAGAGAAAUGUGUCUGGUGCUUCAUAGAACUGUCAGGCUUUUGUCAUGUCAUUAAGAUCUCUCAUACUUUCAAACUUUUAUGUUUCAUUUAUGAUGUCUCAUACUUCAUACUUUUAAACUUCAAUCUAUCAUACAUUUCUCAUAUUUCAUACUUUUCAACUUAAAUAUUUCAUGCUUGUCUCAUAUUUAGUACAUGUACUUCCAAACUUUAAUGGGUCAUCCAUGAUGUCUCAUACUUCAUACUUUCAAACUUUAAUGUAUCAUACAUUUCUCAUAGUUCAUACUUCCAAACUUUAAUGUAUUCUGCAAGUCUCUUACUUUUUCGAGUCAGGUGUGUGUGCGUGCUUGCGUGCAUGUGUGUGUGUGUGUUUGUGUGUGUGUGUGUGUGUGUGUAUGUGUGCGUGUCUGUGUCUGUGUGUGUGAGUGUGUGUGUGUGUGUGUGUGUGUGUGCAUGUGUGUGUGUGUGUGUGUGUGUUUAGGCAUAUGUGGCAUUGGUGGUUGUGGUUAGGCGGUCGGGCUCGUAACCGAAAGAAUGUGGGUUGAACCAAAACAUGGGCUUGACGGUAUGUCCUUUGGAAAGCACUUUGCACGAAUUUUCCCAGGUGGGAAUGGGUACCCGGCAAGGACUAAUAUAUAAUAGUAAAAUGUAUAGUAGUCUUUGGUACUCGGGUACAGAUAGUGGAAGGUCUUGUCAGUUUGAUACUGCUUGAUUGAGUACUCAACCGGCUGUUUGCACUUUAUGAAUCCUGGGAUUUCAAAAAUGUUUUUUAGUGUUCUAAAGGUCUGUUGCCAUAAUGGAGAAGAAGAAGAAGAAGAAGAAGAAGAAGAAGAAGAAGAAGAAGAAGAAGAAGAAGAAGAAGAAGAAGAAGAAGAAGAAGAAGAAGAAGAA